AAUCGUAUCAGAAUCAAAUCAACCUAUCCACUUUCCUCCUCUUUCAAUUUUUGGAUCGUUUCCGAUAUCUCAAUCGAUCAAUUUUCGGUUAAUCGAAAAACAAUCUCCGAUCGUCUUCAUCAGUAGCCAUGGGCGGCUCUCAUAGUCGUGAAGGCCUUGAUCUCUCUGAUUCCGAUGAUUACAAAGACGAUGACGAACAAUCAUCAGAAGGAGAAGACGAAUAUGAAGAUGCGGAAGCGGAACAUAAAACAGCUCCUGUCAAAUCCGUGGACGAUAUCGAUGCCAAGCUCAAGGCGCUUAAGCUGAAAUACUCUUCUCUACAAAACCCUAAUUUGAAGAACGCAGUGAAGCUGUACCUUCAUGUCGGUGGUAAUACUCCUAAAGCUAAGUGGAUCGUUUCUGAAAAAAUUACUAGUUACAAGUUUGUUAAGGUUAGUAAAAUUGAAGAUGCUGAUGAUGAGUUUGAUGAUGACGAGAGUAGUGGGGGUUUUUGGAUUUUGAAAGUAGGGUCUAAGAUCAGAGCUAGGGUGUCAACUGAUCUGCAAUUGAAAAUGUUUGGAGAUCAGCGUCGUGUUGAUUUCGUUGAUAGUGGAGUGUGGGCGUUGAAGUUUAUGCGAGAUGAGGAUUACCGUGAGUUUGUGACUAGGUUUCAGAGUUGUUUGUUUGAGAAUGUGUAUGGUUUGAAGGCUAGUGAUGAGAAUAAGGUGAAGGUUUACGGAAAGGAUUUUAUUGGCUGGGUGAAACCGGAUGUUGCAGAUGAUUCCAUGUGGGAGAAGGAUGAUGAUGAGUUAUGGAGGAGUCCAAGUAAGAUGACUCCGGUGAGGGGUAGUAACGAUUUGUUGGAGGAGUUCGAGGAGGCAGCCUCUGAUGGUGGGAUACAGAGUGUGGCGUUAGGGGCACUGGAUAAUAGUUUCUUGGUGAAUGAUUCAGGUGUGCAGGUUGUGAAGAAUUUUAGCCAUGGGAUUCAUGGAAAAGGGGUUUAUGUUAAGUUUGAUAACGGGGGUAAGAGGGUUGGUGGUUCCAGUAGUGGCGGAUAUUCGAAUCUAACCCCUCAGAAGGCUCUAUUGAUGAGGGGUGAGACCAAUAUGUUGCUUAUGAGUCCGGCAAAAGCUGGAAAGCCUCAUUCUACUGGGGUGAACCAAUUGGAUAUAGAAACCGGAAAGAUUGUGACUGAAUGGAAGUUUGAAAAGGAUGGAACUGAUAUUACGAUGAGGGACAUCACCAACGAUACAAAGGGCUCACAAUUGGAUCCUUCUGAAUCCACUUUUCUGGGUUUGGAUGAUAAUAGGUUGUCUCAGUGGGAUAUGAGAGAUAGGAGAGGGAUGGUUCAGAACAUCGCACAUUCUGAUUCUCCAGUUUUACAUUGGACCCAAGGGCAUCAGUUCUCUAGGGGUACAAAUUUCCAAAGCUUUGCUACUACUGGUGAUGGUUCAAUUGUUGUUGGCUCCCUAGAUGGGAAAAUCCGGUUGUACUCGACCACUUCCAUGAGGAUGGCUAAGACUGCUUUCCCUGGGCUUGGUUCGCCAAUCACUCAUGUGGAUGUCACCUAUGAUGGUAAAUGGAUAUUGGGCACCACUGACACCUAUCUGAUUCUAAUCUGUACUCUGUUCACUGAUAAAGAUGGGAAGACUAAGACAGGGUUUAGUGGUCGAAUGGGCAACAAAAUUCCAGCUCCAAGAUUAUUGAAGUUGACUCCGGUGGAUUCACAUACAGCUGGGGUGAACAAUAAGUUCCAUGGUGGCCGAUUUUCAUGGGUGACGGAAAGUGGGAAGCAAGAGCGUCACUUGGUGGCAACGGUGGGGAAGUUCAGCGUCAUCUGGGACUUCCAACGAGUGAAGAACAGUGGACAUGAAUGCUACAGGAAUCAAGAAGGGCUGAAGAGCUGUUACUGUUAUAAGCUAAUGACAAAGGAUGAAUCAAUCAUAGAAAGUUUGUUUAUGAAUGACAAAUAUGCAGCAGUUGGUGACUCCCCAGAAGCACCAUUGGUGAUGGCAACUCCAAAGAAAAUUACUUCCUUCAGCAUGUCGGAUGGAAAAGCUAAAGGAAAACGUCGAUAAGUAGCUACAGUUCUUUCGUGUAAAUAAUAAAGUCAGAUGGUGAGAUGUAAAGUCAUAUAUGUUUCGUGUUGAUCAUCUUUUUCUGUUUUUUUAGUUAUGGAGAUUUGCUUUUGCAAUUGGAACCAUGUUUGUGCAGUUGUUAAGACUUGAAGGAAUUGAUUUGAACU